UGAUUAUGAGAUGAUGUUAUUUUUUGAACGUGGUAUUCGCGGAGGGAUGACAUUCUCGACUAUGAAAUAUGCUAAGGCUAACAACCGAAAGACGCCUGGAUACGACCCGAAUAAACCGGAAAGCUGGAUUCUUUAUCAAGAUGUCAACAAUUUAUACGGAUGAAGCCUUUUCCAGAAUAUGCCUCACUCUGGAUAUCAAUGGUUGGAUGAGGACCCCGAGACAUUCCUUAGGAGACUUGAAGAUUUGGAUGAAAAAUCUCCAACAGGGCUGGUAUUUAAAGUGGACAUAACAUACCCAGAACAUCUACACGAUGAGCAUAACGAGCUUCCCUUCUUACCAGAAACCAAAUGUCCGCCGGGGUCAAAAGUAAAAAAACUGCUCACAACAUUCGACAAAAAAACCAAUUACGUUUGCCAUUACCUAAACCUUAAACAGGCGAUCGCCAAUGGACUGCAUGUCGAAAAGGUACAUAGAGUGUUGAAAUUUAAUCAAUCAGCUUGGCUGGCGCCAUAUAUCGAGUUGAACACUAAAUUAAGACAGAAAGCAACCAAUGACUUCGAAAAAGAUUUUUUCAAACUAAUGAACAACUCCGUGUUUGGUAAAAUGAUGGAACGAAUGCUGUUACGGAUGAAUAUGGAGUUAGUCAAUUGA